AUGGCCAUGAAGGUGGACAUGUCCGCGCUCGAGACCAACUUCGGCAACUCGACCUUCCCCGCCGGCGACGACACGUACUUCUCCGCCGGCGCCCCCGACGUGCCGUCCAUGGUGCUCCCCACCUGCGACGACUUCGACGGGUUCCAGGCGGACACCAAGAAUAUGGUGAAGAAUAAGAAGGGGACGACCACGCUCGCCUUCAUCUUCGACAAGGGCGUCAUCGUUGCCGCUGAUUCCAGGGCCAGCAUGGGCGGUUAUAUAUCCUCACAAACCGUGAGGAAAAUUAUUGAAAUAAAUCCUUACAUGCUGGGGACAAUGGCUGGAGGUGCUGCUGAUUGCCAAUUCUGGCAUAGGACCCUAGGAAACAAGUGUCGCCUCCAUGAGCUUUCAAACAAGCGAAGGAUCUCUAUUGCUGGUGCUUCCAAACUGUUGGCUAACAUCCUUUAUUCAUAUCGUGGGAUGGGACUGUCGAUUGGUACAAUGAUUGCUGGAUGGGAUGAGAAGGGCCCUGGCUUGUACUAUGUUGAUAGUGAGGGUGCUAGGCUUGUGGGAAACAAGUUCUCUGUUGGCUCUGGUUCCCUCUAUGCUUAUGGUGUUUUGGACGAUGGCUACCGCUUCAACAUGUCAGUUAAGGAAGCUGCCGAAUUAGCGCGACGGGCUAUUUAUGGGGCAACAUUCCGUGAUGCAGCAAGUGGUGGUUGCGUUAGUGUUUAUCACGUUGGCCCUGAUGGUUGGACGAAGCUUUCUGGGGAUGAUGUCGGGGAGCUGCACUACCACUACUACCCGGUUCAGAAAACUCCGGUUGAACAGGAAAUGACCGACGCACCUACUGCUUCUGCUUAA